AUCAUUUAUACCAGCGAUAUCAGUUCGCGCGGUCGUGCGAGACGCGUGCGCAUAUAAUACAACUCGUUUUCUACGACACAUAUCUGCGCGCAUAAAUAUAAUGGGUGGUAACUUUUCCGCUAUGGAUCCGAUGGACGUGCCAGUCCCCGAUCUACCGAAAUUAUUAGAACGAGAUGGUUAUUUGAAGCCCUACGAGCGUGAAAUUCGACGCAGAUACGGCUGCUUCAAAGACCUAUGGGACCGCAUCGAGUCAUGGGAGGGCGGUGUAGAAGGCUUCACGAAGGGCUACAAGUACUUCGGGCCGCAGUACCACCCCAACGGCACUGUCACGUGGCGCGAGUGGGCGCCGGGCGCGCAUUCUCUGCAUCUUCAGGGAGAAUUUAAUAACUGGAAUAAAACGAGCCAUGCCUUCCGCAAGCUCGAGUUCGGCAAAUGGGAGCUCCAGAUCCCCCCGAACCCGGACGGCUCGUGCGCGCUGCGCCACGGCAGCCGCGUGCAGCUGAUCGUGAACGAGCACCUUUACCGCAUGUCGCCGUGGGCCAGCUACGUCAAGCCGCAUGAGGGGUUCACGUACCAGCACUUCAUCUACAGGCCAGAACAGCCAUACCAAUUCAAGCACCCUAAAGUGGAGCGCCCAGGGUCUCUGCGCAUCUAUGAGUGCCAUGUGGGCAUCGCCACUCCGGAGGGGCGCGUCGGCACAUACAACGAGUUCAGGGACAAUGUGCUGCCGAGGAUCAAGAACCAAGGCUAUAACGCGAUUCAGCUGAUGGCGAUCAUGGAACACGCCUAUUACGCAUCCUUCGGAUACCAAGUCACAAGUUUCUUUGCUGCUAGCAGUCGCUACGGCACCCCUUGCGAGCUCAAACAACUCGUUGACCGAGCGCACGAGAUGGGUCUAUACGUCCUGCUGGAUGUGGUUCACUCCCAUGCUUCCAAGAACACCCUGGAUGGACUGAAUGAGUUCGAUGGAACCACUGCGUGCUUCUUCCAUGAUGGACCGAGAGGGACACAUCCUUUGUGGGACAGCAGGCUGUUCAACUAUUCAGAGACUGAGGUGUUGAGGUUCCUGCUAUCUAACCUGCGAUGGUACCAAGAGGAAUACCAGUUUGAUGGAUUCAGGUUCGACGGCGUCACCUCAAUGUUGUACCACAGCCGCGGCGUCGGCGAGGGCUUCUCUGGCCACUACGACGAAUAUUACGGACUCAACGUGGACACGGAGGCUCUAGUCUACCUAAUGCUGGCUAAUGAGCUGGUUCAUAGCUUAGACAAGCGAGCUAUCACCAUCGCUGAGGACGUGUCCGGGAUGCCGGCCUCCUGCCGGCCCGUGCGCGAGGGCGGCACCGGGUUCGACUACCGCCUCGGCAUGGCCAUACCCGACAUGUGGAUCAAGAUGCUCAAGGAGGAACGCGACGAUGACUGGAAGAUGGGACACAUUGUUCACACACUCACGAAUAGACGGUGGAUGGAGGGAACCGUUGCUUAUGCUGAAAGCCACGAUCAGGCGCUAGUAGGAGACAAAACGAUCGCGUUCUGGCUGAUGGACGCAGCCAUGUACACACACAUGAGCACACUCAGCGACCCUUCACCCAUCAUCGAGCGAGGGCUGGCGCUGCACUGUAUGAUCAGACUCAUCACGCACGCGCUGGGCGGAGAGGCCUACCUUAACUUCAUAGGAAAUGAAUUUGGCCAUCCCGAAUGGCUUGACUUCCCUCGCGCGGGCAACAACUCUUCCUACCACUACGCGCGGCGCCAGUGGAACCUCGUCGAUGAUGAUCUGCUCAAGUACAAGUUCCUCAACCAAUUCGAUAGAGACAUGAACCUGCUGGAGGAGAAAUACGGCUGGCUUAAGGCUGACCCGGCCUACGUGUCGUGCAAGCACGAUGGCGAUAAGGUGAUCGCGUUCGAGCGCGCUGGGCUAUUGUUCGUGUUCAACUUCCACACCAACCAGAGCUUCACCGACUACCGCGUUGGGGUGAACGACCAGGGAGAUUACAAAGUGGUCCUAUGCUCAGAUAGCAAGCAAUACAGCGGGCACGGGCGCGUGGAGCCCGGCGGCUCGCACGUCACGCAAGGCAUGGGCUGGGGCAACCGCCGCGACUCCAUACAGAUCUACAUCCCUUGCCGCACCGCCAUCGUAUACGCGAGAAACUGAUGAUGAUGUCACUAGGUGUAGACUAGUUGACAAUGGCAACCCUGGGUUUCAAAUCAUUCAAAAGUCUGAUUAAAACCUGUGCCAUGGAUGUAAUCUUAAGAGCAACUCAGAGUUGUACUACACUGUGUCUCCAAAAUCAAGCUGCUAUCGUUAAACCUCAUCUUCAGGAUUUGCAAAAGUCUGAUAACUGGACGUACUUUGUCUAGUCAUUUUUUGCGGAACCUGGCCUAAAAAUGACGCGGUAAUUUGAGCUUUUACAAAACCACGCGAAGUUAGCAAUACUAGGCGAAGAGACGAAGUUUUACGGUACUUAGUUAAGUAAUAAAUAAAUGAUAUCUGUAUACUUUUAUAAAGUAAAAGUAGGAACUGGUGUUGAGGUCUCUGUCAACUGGUUAGG